UACUCAUUUUUCUUGAGUUGGAUUUAAGACAAAUUUCUGGUUAAUAGUUGCUUUGCGAAACAGGUUCUACGAACACUGAGGAGCGUCCAAAACCGGGAAGGAACAAUUUUUGAAAUUCAGGGUACAGGUGCAGCGCUUACACAUAAAUACCACCACGAAUUGCUGUCGCCAUCACUGCUAUUUUUGUCGGCUGUCCGCGCAUAAUAUCAAACGAAUUUUUGGGAGUUCUUGAGAAGGUGAAUUAAAUUGGAAUUUCUGUUUUAACGAUGUCUCUUAUCGCCUCGAAAUUGCUGGCGCAGCUGAUGAUACUUGGCAUCGUCGCUCUACAAACACGGCCAGCCGCGUCUGCGGUUUUCUUACCGUUUCAAGGUUUCCCGUUUUUUGGACCAUUUGGGAACAACUUUGCUCAGCUCAUCUCGCAACUCUUUUCUCCUGCAACCAACGCAGGGCAACUUUUUGGUGGACAGACGCAGGGAAACGCUCUGCAACAGCUUGCCUCGCUCUUCCAACCAACCUCAGGUGGACAGCAGGGAACGCAGGGAAACGCUCUGCAACAGCUGGCUUUGCUCUUCCAACCAACCUCAGGUGGACAGCAGGGAACACAGGCAAACGCUCUGCAACAGCUUAUUGCUUCGCUCUUCCAGGGAGCCGCAGGUGGACAGCAGGGAACGCAGGGAAACGCUCUGCAACAGCUGGCCUCGCUCUUCCAACCAACCUCAGGUGGACAACAGGGAACGCAGGGAAACGUUCUGCAACAGCUGGCCUCGCUCUUCCAACCAACCUCAGGUGGACAACUGGGAACGGCCACCAACAGCAUUCAAUCCUUUUUCCUCACCUUGAUCCGGCUAGCCGGCCAGUUCUGCCCGCAAAACCGUACAUUGCCAAUUUGCGUACUGUUGUGUCAAAACUUCCCGUUCUUGACUUUCUGUACAUGAGGGCGGUGACAUUUUUUAUACCCUCUACCAGGGCCGCAGAGAUGAUCUGAUCGCUAUAUAUUCACAGAGAAUGCUAAGGUUUUUCC